CAGUUGCUGUCAGUGUGGACACGAUGCCCGUUACUUCGUCACAUCGCCGACCGCUAUGUUUGCCUUUCACGCCUUAAAGUCUCGCCCGCGAUGCGUUAACGUUGCCGCGCGAAUCGGACGUCCGUACGAUCCCGACCGAUUCGUUCUCCAUGUCGCACGUGCGUCCCGUCGGCUUAAGAUUAAUUUGCACCGAUAACGCGACGGGAAUGAACUGUCCGUGGGGUACGGCGGUGCGGGACACGGUUGGUUUUUGACAGGGAUUCCCCGAUGCGCGACUGCGAGUUUCCUCGCGAGAACGGGCGAGCCUGGAUACCCUGGAUUCCCGUUGCUACUGAAUUCAGCAUUCUACCGUCGGCAGCGUGCCGCAAUGCCGAUGACAGCGAGAGGAAUUUUGAGCAGUGAUCCAUCUGUAAAAAUGUAUAUAAGAGACAAGUAAGCAGCGAAAACUGUAAAUAUGUCGGCUUGAUUGCCUGCGCAAGAUGAGAUUCAAUAAGCAGGAGCUAUUGACUCUGGCUACGCAGCCUUCGCAAAAAUUCGAGAAAGAGGGUAUCCUGUACGUAAGAGAACGGCAAGAAGGCUUCUUUCGCAGGACGGAAAGUACAGGUAAAAAAUCCGAGAACAAAAAUCAGAAAGGAAGGUCGCAUAAAAGUCUACGAGAUCUCAAUUGCGUUACUGCCGGCUUGAGCAAAGUAAGUCUCGAACGAUGGUGCAGACUGCGAGGCAACCUUCUAUUCUAUUUCAAAUCGCGGGAACAGUGGUCGGAGCCGCUAGGAGUGAUCAUACUGGAACAGUGUACGGUUCGUGUGGAUCCGUCCAGCAAUCAGGUUCCUUACGGAUUCAGCAUAGUUUUCGACGGAGGCUUGUUUCAACAGUUAGGCGCCAACACGGCCGAGGAACGGGACAGUUGGUUGCAGGCGCUGCAGCUGGCCAGCUACGAGUGUAUGCGGAGCCAGUUGUUAUCGUUGCGACAGCGCAUCGAGGCCUUCAGCGGGCACAAACACGACACCGAUAUACAGAUGUUGCGGCUGCAGCGCGGGACCUUCACAGAUCCAGCGGAAGUACCAAUGUGCGAGAUAUCAUUAGCCUGCGACAAUCUGUUGUGUGAUGGACACGGCCGACCACCCACUCCCGUUUUAGAGAUAGAUGUACAGUCUAAAUCUUCCAAAACUUGGAUUAAGUAUGCACGAACGGAAGUUGUAGAGCGAAGUAGUAAUCCGAAUUUCUUAACUACGGUAAGCUUCCGCGCUAGCGAUGGAUUAACCACUGAAACGAAAAUUAGGAUAACAGCAUAUGACGUCAGAGAAAGAGUCAGCCAAACCGCAACUCCAAUAGGAAGUGCGGUAGUGACAUUCAGUACAGUGCAAGACACUCCUAGAUUAAGGAUACCAUUAAAAUCAGCCAAAACAACGACAGUUGGAUUUUUAACAAUUAAUGUGUGGAAUCUGGAAGCCGAGGAUAAAGGGAAUAGCACAGAGAGUACACCAUCGCGAAAUGCAGUAUACAACAGUAAUAAUCAACAACUGCCUUCACAUAGACGCUCACAAUCGUUACCUCCAAGAUUAGGGACAAAAAUUAAGUUCCCACAUCAAGGCCAAUUAAAACUUCUCUUUGCGAAUCCAUUUGUGCAGACUUACAGAUUCCACUCCGGAUUAGGAGGUGAUAUAUGCGUACAUGAGAUUAUGGCAGAAAGUAAACUUUGUUUCCAAUUUCCACAGCAUUUAUUAGCUAUUUGGAUACAGGAAGAAAAGGAAUUAUUACAAGAGGUAGCUGGAAUGGGAGAAUUGAGAGAGCCAUGGCAUACAAAGCAAAUCGAAUUGCUCGAUCGUCAUCUUCACUUGUUACAUUUGUAUUCCCAAGCCAAAGAAAACUUAGCCGCCUACAAAGGGAGUUAUUUCAAGCAGUCGUCGCGUAAGAACGACCGUACUCUCGAAUUUGCGCCUUUGAAUUUACAUCUUCAACGAAUGUGGGUUCACAACGAUACAUUGAACAAAUGUGGAUUUUAUGAUUUUAUUAGCGUAGGAGCGUUUACAGCCCAUUCCCAUAAAAGCAAAAACGGCGGACUCAUAAGAUUGGUGCAGGCACUAAAAGAGUCGCCUAUGCGAAGUAAUCAGCUAUAUCAGGGAACAUCCAAAAUUACGAUGGCGCAUGACGCGAUCCAAGCGAUCAAACAAUUACGCCGGGACGUUGUAGAAGCAAUGAGAUCUUUGAUGAAACUUGCCAAGGAGAAGCAGACGAGUGGCAUGUUGCCGAUAUGCGAGGAUAUGAUCACAAAAACUAGGAUCUUACUUAGUCUCUGGGAUCCCGGCUUAGUAGAGGAGGCUUUAACAUUUUUGGAAGAGUACAAAGUCGCGAAAGUUCAGGAGAAUUCGACCUCAUCUUCGGACGACACUUUGACGUUGGAUUUUAAAAUUAAUCAAUCCUUGUCACCCUUUAAACGAAUCACGCAGCAACUUAAUUUCGACUUAAAGAGCCCCGAUUUCGACGAUUUCGUUACGCCUGAUACUCCUGAAUGCGUGCAAGAUAUCUGGUCGAAGAACGGCAUCAGAAAUGGCGAGUAUACUUCCAUAGCGUACUCGAGAAAUGAAGCGCCGAACAAUAACACCGGAGAGGGCGACGUUGCGGAAGAGAAUUUUGUAAUAUUUCCGGAUGUGGAGGAUUAUCCUAAACAGGCAGAAACGGAAACUGACGAGAGUAUUCAGCGAAAUCACGACAACGAAAGAAAGGAAGGCUACGACGACGAGAAGGAAGAUUUGAAGAACGAUACUGAUCCAUGCAAGCGUUUCUUAGACACUCAAAAAAUGUGCAAUUCGCCAUCCGCAAAUUAUUACAAACCUACAGAUGAGCCGGAGCCGUGGGAUCUCACUCAGUUGAAUAUUGAGGCGAGCGUCAUGUGCCUCGUGUCUAAGGUGAAGUUUCUCUGUGGCAGAUGCAGCAGUCCAGCCGUACGAUUGCGUAACAAAGGUAGUCUGGGCAGGUCGCAGAGUUUAAAGGGCUGCUUGCCGAGCAAUCGGCAUAAUGUUGAAGUCGUUACCAUUCAGCCAAAGAACGGUAUUAAAUGUGAGGAAUCAAACAAAUUGCUUGAGGAAUCAAACGAGCUGCAGCAGUCCAGCCCAGGAUUGGAGAAAUCAGCGCUCUCCAAGGCAAAGGAAGGGAUAACCGAUAUUUAUCGUAACUCGUCUUCCAAUGAAGUGUGCCAAGCAGUCGAUUCGAUGACGCGUGUGAUCAAAAGUAAUUCGGGACAGAGGAACAAAUUUACUGAGGGCCUAGACUUCGCGUCGAUUGUCGAUUGGACGAGCGAGCUCAGGCCGAGCAUGAAGAAGCUGCGGCAAGCUAUGGACGGUCUGCUGAAAACUGCCAGACUGACACAUUCCGUAUUUCGCGUACAGGAGGAUUCAAAAACGGCGCAACGCGCAUGCAACGUCCGAUAUAGACGAGAUGUUUGCUUUAGUCAAGCGCUAACUGCCUUAGUAACCGGCAUAAUGGCGAAAUUAUGGUGUCAACGACCCGAUCCGAUGUUUCUGCUAAUACUUACAACUCUGGGACCAUUGGUCUCCUUUGAAGGCCUUCUUAGCUAUUACGGAGACGAGAUAGACAUGUGGGGCGACAUGGCUGUAGCGGUCGAAGACACGCAUACUGUUACGUUUACUCUGUCCAGAUGCGGCAUUCAACCGAGAGUUGAAGGAAAGUCUAACGCAUUCCAGCUUCCUGUGCCGCGCGUAGUAGGCUCGCGAAGUGCGCUAACGGUAAUCCUCCCGGUUCCAGACGCGAUUUACUCUCUCUUGCCAUUAGUGCCCUCCUCAAGACAAACGUUGUCGUUCAACGUAACUCCCGUGUUCUUCAAUGUCGGUAUCAACGAAAUGGCUUCCUUAGCCGAGAGCCUUGGCACCACAAAACCACAGGAGAAAAGCAAUAUGGACAACUUUGAUAGAUUGAACGAAUAUUAUUUAAGAUUUAAGAAACUGAAUUUACCAACGGAACCUACAUCUACGCGUUUUGCCGCUAGGUCAAUUCUGGGCCACACAUUAUCGGAUAUGAUGGUGAAUUUAAAAACGUGUGUGCAAGAAAGAGUCAAUAAGAAUGUAGAAAUCUUGCAAUUAUCCUCGCAAAUAUGUCGAAGAAUGCGUGGUUUGAGAUUUACCAGCUGUAAAAGCGCGAAAGAUCGGACUAGUAUGUCUAUCACUCUUGAACAAGUCAAUAUAUUGUCAUCGGAAUAUCAUCUGGCUGAACACGAGUACAUGAGGGCUCUCGACUGUAUGCGAAGCGAGGGCUGUCGCCGGGAGAACACGUGGAAGAAUAUCGGUGUGCGCAAGUAUGCGUUCAACAGCUUGCAGAUUCUGACGCUGCCUAGACUCUACCGACCGCCGACCGGCACGUACGGAUCUGCCCAGACUUAAAAAGAAUCCAAUUAGCGUUAUGUACGCACAUUGCACAAAAUUAAGUUUGACUUUCUGGCUGUGUAAUCGGAUUAACUUCCGUAGUAUGUGCUAAGUAUAUAGUACUUGUUACAGAGUAGCAAAUUCUGAAGAUGCGUGACGUAAUUCUUUAGAGAAUUUAUUGGGGACACGCGAUUGGCAAGUGUUAGGCAUACGAAAUGCCCCAACCAGGGACGUAGCAAUGAUAACAAAAAGAAAAAGCUUCUGCGUUUGCUUUUUAUUUUUAUUUUUUUCGUUAAGAUUGCUUUUUUGUUUACGCGUUUUGAGAUUCAACUAAUUGUUGUGUAUAGAAAUUUAUAUAUUUUGUUUUCGAUCAUAAGAGCUAUUAGCUACGCCCUCUCCCAUCCCUAAGGCACAAUUUAAGUGAAUUAUUGCCUAGAUUUGCAAUGUAGAACCGAAGUGAAUUAACGUGAGUUUGGUUCUAUAAAAUAUAAGCGGUAAAUUAUUUACGUAAUAUGUAUUGUAAUGGGGCUGGCCGGAAAUGUAGGGUGAAUAGGAUUAGAAUGAAAAUUUUUUUGUCACUUCCACUCUUGUAUCUUUUGAAAAUUCUUUCAGUUUCUAUUGUUUUCUCUUAUGCUAUUUCUAUUGUGCAGGUUUUUAAUUUUGAUUCAAUUCACCCUUCACUCCAUCCCGCGAUUGUUGGCGAGUUUUUGCAAUAUCAUAAACACCUUGAAUACUAUAAACGCUAAAUUCGCGUGUUUGGUAUAAAUAUUCAGACAGCCAAGUUUGCUUGAAUAGAUUUUGACAUUUUUUGCUAACAAAAAAUGUCUACUGAUAAAUUUUAUCAACAGUAGACCUAUUUUGUGACUUUUUACAAUUUUAUUAGCUAGGGAUGUUGUUGCGCAAUUAUUUUACAUAGUGAAAAAGCUGCGUAACGAUAGCAUAACGAACUGUUAUUAAAAGUUACAGAAUAGAUCUACUGGAAGGUUACAAAUUUAAUGCAGAAUCUAUAUAUGCUGCUGAUAGAACGUCACAAAGAAUAUAACAGAAUUUGUUUAUAUUUGACAGCAGAUUGGUGGCAAGAACCAAGCAGAUUUAUUUAUAGUUUGACGCAGAAUGAUAGCAGAAAUCGAGCAGAAUCUGUGUUCAAUGUAAACUUCUUGUUAAAUGAAUUGUUAUUUGUGCGGAUCUUUUAGGAGGAUUAAUAUUUACAAGACGUUACGCCAUUUAAUCUGUCAAAGAAACUUCUGUGAAAGUCACGACAGUGAUAAAAAUAAGCCGAAUAUAUGAAAAUAUUUUACGAACUCCAUUUAAUAUUUACAUAACUUUGACAGCAGAUUGAUAGUAGGAGCAGAUUUGAUAGCAGAAAUCAAGAAUCUGCGUUCAACAGACUUUGCUCAAUUUCUGCCAUUAAUCUACUAUCAUGUUGUCGAUAAGCCCUUCCGGCUGUAGAACACUUAAUGCGAAUAUAAAGAGUAUUAAACCUAUUAAAUUUUUUUAAUAGAAUUUGUUACCAAUCUGCUAAUUCCACGGAUAGUUUGUUUACUAGGUAUAUUUCGCAAAGCUUGUAUUAUAAAUAAAUCACAAGUUAUCAAUCAUAUCCGUUGCAGCAUUGUGAUUUUUAGUGUUUAUCAUAUUCAAAACACGGUAUUGCAAAAGCUCUCUGUUAUAUCUAAUUCUAUUCGAAUCUAUCGUAUUCGUUGAAUCGAUUAUUCGCCUUUACAGGAAUAAUUAGCUCGGUGCCAUUUUCUGCCAUAUUAUUACUCAUGGAAUAUUCGGUAAUAUUAGCAUCGUUAGCAUCGACUUCGAACAAAUAUCGUGAGAUCAUAUAAAUAUUAUUCGGGAACGAAUGACGUUGUAUUUAACGGGAGAACGUUAUUUUCACACGCGUCUGUGCGCGCGUGGGAAUUUCGAUAUUAUAUCCAACAUUUUGUCAUACAAAUGAAUCCAAACACAUAAACACGUAGCCGUAUUUCCAUCCCAAUUGAAUAUCCACUAAUGCGUUACCAUAUCCGUAAACAUAGACGGUAGAUUCCAACAGGUUGGACAAUUGUUUUCAAUAAAUUAUUAAUUUUAACUGA